ACGACGAAAUGAUGGCGACCGCCGCAGAAGAAAUAUUUCAAAGCCCAUAUCCCAUUUCUGAGCGCCAUGUCACGACUAUGUCCAUCAAAAUUACGCGGAAAAACCAGGAUAAACCCUGGAAAUUGAGAUUAAUUUACCUGCAGUGCUAUUUUAUGUCAAUUGCAACGAUACUGGGAACUGGAAUCUUAGGACUUCCUGUCACAAUAGCACAUGCAGGACUCGUGCCUUUCCUGGUCUCCUUUAUAAUUGGUUUCUUUGUGCAGGCUCUCCUCAUAUACCUCUUUGUUGACCUGCUCCAGCGAUGCCAAGUUGUCCAGAUUGAGUCAUUGAAGACUACAGAGACAGAGCGAAUUCUAAUGCAAGACGUUGGAUUGGAGGAGCCUGUUCUCACUAAUACAGAGGAGGAGGAAGAGGAGGUGGAGGAUGGGGAAGAAGCAGACACAGGCCUCCUGCAGCAGGACGCGGCCAGACAGACUCUGGAGGAGAAGCUACAGCCUAAUCUCCAUGUGUUGGGGCUCCUCUUCCUCAGCAAGCCUAUGAGCCAUGCCUUCAACUUCAUCCUACUCUUCCAGUUUGUGUCUAUUGGGAUCAGCUAUGUCCUAGCUGGCAGUGAGGCCUACGCCGCUCUUCUACAUGUGAGCCAUAUCUAUGUCAUUCCUGGGUUUACCUGGACACUCUCUCUUGGAAUCCUGCUGGCUCAGACGGUCAUUCAGCCAAUCACGUCGCUACUGACCCUCCUGAAAGGCAUCAUGCUGAUCAUCACAGUGGCCGUGACAUUUGCUUUGGGGUCAGAAGUUCAACAGGAGACCACAAAUGACUUCAGCCAAAUUGGUAAACCUUUCCUAAUGGGCACCGUUGCACUGGGAGGUAUUGUCAACGUGAUGCCUCUCCUGUUCUCAGAAAUAUCUCACAACAAGACACAGAUCAUGUGGUUCAGAAGAGUCAUACUGGGAGGACUAGCCACAUGCACUGUUCUGAAUAUAUUAUGGUGCUGGGCUGUUUUGGAGAUUGUCCCCCAGAUGUCAGUUCAGAGGGUUAUGGGGGAAGGUGUGGUGAACACUACCAGUGGUGUCGUCUCUGAGUCCUCUCCCACAGCCUACACCAUGGUCUACUCCAACAUCUCCCUGGAGGAGUCAGAGAAAGCAGGAGAGAUUGCAACAAUCCCACUGACAAAGAUAAUCAGUCUGAAGUACCGUCACUACUCGUGGGUGGCAGAGCUGAUCCAGAUUUUUAUUGCCAUCAGUAUAACAGUGUCCUUUCUGGUGAUGGGAUCUGCCAUGAAGCACACAAUUGAUGGCCUUGUGAACUCACACUGGAACACCAAGUUGGAAUGGAUGUCUAAAGUCUGCGAGAGGACAUUACCACAGAGCUUCCACAGAUGCAGUUCAAGAGGUCUUGCCAAUGGGCUCAUAUCUCUGCUUGCAUUUGGAAUCAUUUUUAUUGUCUCGUCGUGUGAUCCAAGGGGAUUUGUGGUGAUGUUGGACAAAGUGGUGUCUUUCUCUUUGAACACUGAAGUUGGGUUGUUCAUCUUUGUGAUGCUGCGAGCCUCCAGAUCAGAGGGAUUUCAACACCUGACUGUGCCUCUGCCCGUGGGCCAGCGGGUCUUCCAACUCCACUGGAUCCUGCCUAUUUACUUCCUGUUUGCUGUGGCCUACGAUGUCAUCCAGAGCAUCGUCGAGAUAGCAGAGAACAAUUUACAGCACUCCUCCCAACCUCUCCUCACCAACUAUUCUCUGAGCUGAGCACUACUGUGAACGAUGGACGGUAGCCGCAAGCCUGGGAGCCGUGUGGUGGUGAUAACAAUGCUGUGUUCAUUUGCUCAUUCAUGGACGUCAUGCAGCUUCCUCUUGAACAUUAACAGCAUCAGGGAUGUCUCCGACGGUCAACUAUUUCAUGUACUGUAAGGGCUCAAUUCAAUCAGAUCCGUGUUGGUCAACAUCUGCAUAGAGGUUGUUUUGGCGGUGGCAGAUAUGGAACUGCGUUAGCUGUCAAAUCCAAAAGUGACUCCAGGCAUUACACCUAAAGUGGACAUUGCCAUUGGCUGCACGAAGUUGCUAUAACAGAAAUUCCAUGCAGCCUUUUUUAGAAGUUUGAACACUGCAAUGUGGGAUGUAGUCUACACCUUGAUUAAGAUUAUUAUUUAGUUUCAUGAUUUUCAAUUUGAGUGAAAUUAUUUCUAUAUAGCCAACACUUUCUUAUUCUGAAUUUCUAGAGAUUUGGGCGGGUGUGGCUUUGUGACAAUGAUGGAAGAGCAGCUGCUCAUCGAUUUGAUGGCUCGAACGCAGUUCCACCUUCGACAUCGCCUAAACAUCCGCUAUGUGGGUGUCUGUAAUCGCAGGUUAACACUUGAUCUGAAUUGAAUCUAGGUCUAUGUUUCAUUUUCAUGUAAUUGUUUUCAGAGGGCUGUAUUGAAUUACCAGCAGUCAUGCUUUUAGGGAGUCUUUACAGCUCAAUAUAUGCAUUGUUUAACAGCGCAACCAGAGAAUAUACACAAUUAUUUUAGUUUAGACAUUAAAUGUACAGACUGGUGCGUCAUCAAAACAGCCAAUAACUGGUAUGAUGCCACAGCAUGAUGUCUGGGAUCUCACUAUUUAAAAGUUGCCUACAGCUUCUUUCCCUACAAAUGCUUUCAUAUGUAUGUAUCUAACUAGCUGAACAUGUUUAGAAUAAACAGAUAAACAAGGGGAAAAUCCAAUAAAAAAUGAUAUAUUAAUAUCAAAAUAUA